AUGAAAGUAUGGCUUCUUGCUACUAGUUACGACCACGUAAGGCGACUGAGUGUCGACGAAGUUAAUCAGUUAUCUGAGCGAACACAAAAUGAGAAAUUGUUAGACGUUUCAGCAUCACAACUCUCUGGUAUCGCAAUUCCAAUCAUCACUGAUAAAGCUCUCAGUCCACUGAUAUUGGCUUAUCAGUUACCUGCGUUGUGCACGCAAAAUGUGGGUGAGCAGUGUUGUGACGUGUUCUCCACUCUUCAGACUUCUCACAGUUUGCUUGAGACGUCGACGGCCAUCACCGGUGAAUUUCAGCGAUCCUCCGAAAAAUCGGUCUUCAUCGAUCAGCCAGUUCCAACCACAUCGCAAACGUUCAGUGUGCAACCAUCGCUAUCCGAAGAGUCACAAGACCAUAGUUAUGGCAAAAUACAUUACAAACUCGAUUACGAUUUCGCUGCAAAUAAAUUGGCCGUAACCGUCAUUGAAGGCAAGGAUUUGCCGGCAAUGGAUCGCAACGGAAUGUCAGAUCCUUACGUGAAACUGGUCAUUCUGCCAGAAGGGAAGCAAAAAUUCGAGACAAAAAUCAAGCGCAACAAUUUGAAUCCUGUAUUCGAUGAGACAUUCGCUUUCAGUAUAGCCUACGGUGAGUUGCAAACGAAAACGUUGCAGUUGAUCGUGUUCGAUUUUGAUCGAUUGAGCAAAGACGAUCGCAUUGGACAAUUAUCGAUCCCUCUCGAUAUGGUCGACUUCGGAGCGAACAUCGAUGAAUGGCGAUAUUUGGACCCACCUGAAGAGGAUUCAGAAAUGGAAUCACGUUUGGGUGACAUUUGUUUCUCGUUACGAUAUCGUCCAGCAACUGGCACAAUCACAAUAACGAUCAUGGAGGCCAGGAAUUUGAAGAAGAUGGACGUCGGCGGUUCCUCAGAUCCUUACGUGAAAAUUUACUUAUAUCACGGUAAGAAGCUGUUGUCAAAGAAGAAGACAGCAAGGAAAUAUAAAACACUCAAUCCUUAUUACAAUGAAAGUUUCCAGUUCAAAGUAUCUCCUGAUCUUAUGCAAAAGGUUAGCCUUGUGGUGAGUGUAUGGGAUUACGAUAAGAUGAGCAAAAAUGAUUUCAUCGGUGAGAUUCGACUGGGCUCAUGGCAAGUCAACGAUCCAUCGAUAAGUGUUGCAUCACAACAACACUGGCGUGAGAUGAUGCUAACCAGAAGGCCGGUUGUACGUUGGCAUACGUUACAACCAAAAAUGUGA